AUGAUCAAGUGUUUGCCCGGAGAUGUUCAAGCGCUGCUGCGCUCAGGACUUGCCACCUGCUCAAUGGCCCAGUGUUUGGAGGAACUCUUAUUGAACAGCAUCGAUGCUGGAGCGUUCUGCGUGGCUGUCAGGGUGGAUAUUGAGGCAGGGAAAAUUCAAGUAGUGGAUAAUGGUCAAGGAAUGGACAGAAACGAUCUGGAGAAUGUGGGCAAGAGGUACUUUACAAGUAAGUGCAAUAACUUAAGAGACCUUGAAAAUCUGAAAUGUUAUGGUUUCCGGGGGGAAGCCAUUGCAAGCAUUACAAGUGUUGCCAAUGUGGUGGAAAUUUCAUCAAGGGUCAGCAGAUCUCCCUGCACAUUCGUCAGAGUUUUUAAGGAUGGGAAGCCGUUGGAGGUCUAUGAAGCACCGACCACCAGACCAAGCUCUGGCACUACUGUGACAGUAAUUAAUUUGUUUUACAACCUGCCAGUACGAAGGAAAAACACAGAUCCCGUUUUGGAGUGUGAGCGGAUGAGGCAGAAGAUGGAGGCCAUCUCGCUCAUGCACCCUUUGGUAUCAUUUACUUUGAAGAACAAUGACACUGGUGCCACAAUUGUCCAGCUGUCAAAGUCAGGAGAUACUUACCACAGAUUUACACAGAUAUAUGGCUUGGCAAAGGCUCAGAAGUUAGGUGAGGUGGACCAUGUUUUUAAACAGUUUGAAGUCACUGGCCAUAUAGGUCGAGAGGGGCACUACAACAGCAGCAUCCAGUUUGUGUUUGUAAAUGGAAGACUUGUUUUAAAAACAAAACUUCAUAAAUUAAUAAAUUUUUUAUUAAAGAAAAUGAGUGUGAUAUGCAGACAAAAGGGUAGUCCUAAACAAGGAGCAAGUGUUAAAUCCAAGGCCAGUACAGAUCUGUUUGGGGUUUAUAUUAUUAACAUUAAAUGCCACUGUAUGGAGUAUGAUAUAUGCCUUGAGCCUGCAAAAACUUUAAUAGAGUUUAGAGAUUGGGAUUCUGUGAUGGCAUGCCUGGAGGAAGGUGUCAAAAGGUUCUUAACAAGGGAGAAUUUAAUAACAGAACUGUCAAGCACAGAUCUUACAGAGUUCAAUGAGGAAAAUAAUGUCAUCGGUUCAUCAUUUCAUGCUUACCUGGCAGAUAAAGGAAAUGCAAUUUCAGAAAUAGGCAAAAGUUAUGAAAUUAAAUCCUUGGACUCCAAAGCUGUAAGACGGCCUUUGCCAAAGGCCACUGAUGUAACAUCACAGUUAACAUUGAAACCUGAGAGUCCACAAGAUGGUUGCAUGUCUGUGCCUGUUAGAAAAAAAUCAGAGUGCAGUCCUGCCCUGAGAUUGGACAUGGACAAGGACAAGACCAUGUCAAAGACACACAGUUCAGAAACAAAGUCAACCAAAAAUCAUACUGUACCAUAUAUAGCAGCAGAAGUCUCAGAAGGAAGUGUCAACCUGGGGCUUUUGGAAAAUGUGAAUGAUGAAUCAAAUUUGUGCAGUAAUAUUCCUGUGAUUAGCACAAUACAACAACUAGAUACCGUGGAAAGCAUUAAAAAAAGGGUAGCUGAAAACAGUGGCUUAUGUGAGAAAAAAGUAAACGAAUCUGAUGAUGCAAAUACAGACGUCUCACAAGAAUAUUUCUGUUGUAAUGUUGAACAACCUAUAGAGAGUGAAAUAAUCUGGCAUGAGGCAAGCAAUCCUUGUCUCUCUACUGUUAGGCUUUGUUCAACAGACGUUCUAAAUUGUCAAAUGUCAGAAGGCAGUGACAGCAUAGUCUGUGACACUCAGGAAAAGCAUUAUCGCCUGGGACCAACACCUGCCCGGGACAUAUUUAGAGCAAAACAGACCAGUGUGAAAGAACAAGAACUGCCUUCUAAGAGUGGCUCAGCGUGUUCCAAGCAGCCACUGAAGGACAGUAGCCUUUCUGAAUGGCAAAAGUGCUGCAGUCAGAGUGAUGAUAUAAUUAAUAAAAGUGCCAGUCAAGUAAGCCAUCCAGAGUUAAAAAAGACUUUGGCAAAUUUGUCUGCAGAGACUAAUAUAAGUAUAAGAUGUCUUAGAGGAGCCAGUGAUGCAUCAGAAUGUAACAUUACAAGACCCCCAAAGCUGUCUUUGCCAGUGACAACCGGUUCUUUAGAUAGAUUUAAAAUGUUUUAUGGAAAAAUGUCUUUAUCUGGACUUCAGAUUCAUCAUCAAAGUAACAACAACAGUGAUGCACCUCAUAGGAAAAGAGCCAACAAAGUAGAAGAUGCAAUUAGUGUAACUAGCUGCCCUACCGGCUUGAAACAGCAUGAGAAAAUAGGUUCUGUUACUUGUGCUAUGUUGCCUGUACUGGACACUCAGCCAUACAUGUCAGGAUGCACAGGAUCUCUGGCUGCAAAGCUCUCAAGACUAAAAAGAAGUAAUAAAACAGAUGUGACAGAAAUUGAGAAACACCAGCCUUUGAGGCUUGAUAAUGUCCCCACUGGCAGCAUUCCUCAAGAGCGUUUUGUCUCUCAACAGAACAAGGACAUUGUAGUAGCCCACGCAUCAAACAGCUUGACAGAUAAAAUGUUUACUUCAGCAGUUGAUUCUCAAAUGGAUGUUACUCAAAGGUCCAAUCAAAACAUUCCAGAAGCUGCAGCUAAUGAAGGCUGUCAGAAUGCUCCACUAUCGGUUUUAGAAGACUGUUUUUUCUCUGAGAGUAAUGGCAAAAUCAUUUCUGUUCCCAGUGAUACAGAGGGCGCUACACGGAGCCACAAUUGUGAGAACAUCACGGAAGUUUUGUUUUGUAUGAAUAAAAAGGAGGAAUCUGGUAAUGACUUGAAGGAUACCUUGAUAGGUGAAUCAGAAGUAAUGGCAACAUCAAGCACAACCAACUCAGACUGGAUUGAGCACUUGGACACAUCGCUGGGUAGGAUGGUUUACAUCAACAUGGUCACUGGGCUGAGCAAGUAUGAGGCACCGAUAGAAGAGGCUAAAUUUGAAUGUUUAAAGGACCUGACAACCACCAAAGUGCAAUGUGUGUCCAACAAAGGCAUCCAGUAUGAAUGCUAUCCUUUCAAAACAGAUAUUAUAAUUCCUUUUCUUCCCAAAGAAGGUCCAAAGAGAGCUAGAUGUGAAGAAGAUAGCAGAGCUAAGGCAGAUCAUCCAGAUUCCAUCCAUGCUCUUUUGUCUGAAUGGGAGAAUCCUGUGUUUCCUAGGCACCCUGAGGUUGCCGUAGAUGUCAGUUGUGGACAGGCACCAGGUCUGGCAGUAAAGAUCCAUAACUUUCUCUUCCCUUACCGUUUUACCAAGCAAAUGAUGACUUCUGUGAAGGUUGUACAGCAAGUGGAUAGUAAGUUCAUCGCCUGCCUUUUCAAUACCGGAACUGGUUUGGAUUCAGACAAAGAGGCCAACUUGUUGGUGUUAGUGGAUCAGCAUGCUGCAGAUGAACGGAUUCGCCUGGAAAUGCUAAUUGCAGAUUCAUAUGAAGCUCAUACAGAUGCCUCAGGACAAAAAACACUCUGCACGUCGAGUGUGUAUCCCCCGUUAGAACUUGAUUUGUCUGAAGAGGAUCUCAGACUUCUGAGGUCAUGCCAUUCCUUUCUGCGACUCCUAGGGUUGGAUGUGUCCUUUGCUAAGAAUGGAAGCUCAAGAAUAUUUGUAGGAAAAGUACCUGUGUGCUUCAUUGAAAGAGAAGCCAAUGAGCUCCGUAGGGGAAGACGGACCAUCACAAAGUUGUUAGUGGAAGAAUAUGUCAGAGAGCUGAUAGAGCUAAUUUGCUCAACUGGGCGGUUGAGAGGAACCCUGCCUUUGACAGUCCUAAAAGUAUUGGCUUCGCAAGCCUGCCAUGGUGCUGUCAAAUUUAAUGAUCCAUUGACCAGAGAAGAGUGCUGCCAGUUAAUCAGAUCCCUUUCAGUCUGCCAGUUGCCCUUCCAGUGUGCUCAUGGAAGACCUUCCAUUAUUCCAUUGGCUGACCUUGACCACUUGGAGACUGAUGAACAGGAUCUACCAAAGCCUAACCUGCUAAAACUGAGACAAAAAUAUGAAGAAUGGCUACUACAUGGAAAAAAACUUUGAACAAAACUAAGACUCUCAGCAACUGGCAGCUGCUUCUCACUCGACUGCAAAGAUGACGUCGGCACGCCAGUAUGUCUCCUCCUCAGCACAGGUGAAGUUGAGGUAGUACCAUCGUAAUCAAAAAACUGACCAACUUUUUUUUAUUUUUAUAUUGAGCAUUAAUUUAUGCACAAUUACAAAUUGCUGUGGAUAUCAUAUUGACAUACAUCACAGUACCUAUCAUCAUAUAAUGGAUACGAUAAUAGCCAGCACCAUAAAACAAUGCACACAAGCUUAGACCAUUUCCUUGUGCUGCCCCUGCCCUUUUUUUUUCUUUUAACCCUUACCACAGUAGAAAUUAUCAGUAAACAUAAAAAUACAAAUGGUGCAGUAACCAUCAUUGAUUAAUAAUAAAACAAACAAUCAACAAAAUAAAACAAUAAAGUGGGUGUUCAUUUGGGAUUGUCAGGGUUUUAGGGUUAGACAGGGGUGUCACUGACGAGAUGGUCUUGAUUGUUAACUGUAGGCAGCAGUGAAUUCAAUAUGUUACAGUGUUCUGUAUAUUCAGUAAGCUUUGCACUCAUAUGC